CUCUGGCCUCUCCAGCAGGGAUGAGUGCCAUGGCCCAAGGAGCUAGCAUUCUUGACCAGGGGAGGUAGGGAGGGAUGAAGAGAGCUUUCAAGUGUAUUUAACAUUCUCCUCACAGCCCUCUCCAACGGGUCUCCCUCUGUCCUUUCUCCAAACACCAGACUCCUAAGUUUACUGAAGAAAAAUAAGCUCAUUAAUCCAGACUCAGCCUAACAUAGCAAAAGAAACAAGACAUAGUCUGAUGGUGAAAACCCUGGAUUUGGAGACCAUAAAGAAGAUGGAGAGGCACAUGGUCAGGCAACAAUUGUAUAAGCACUUUGAUUUGGAGAGGAAGAAUGCCAAGCAGGCUGAAGCCAGACUGGACCAAAGGCUGCAGAAACUGGAGGAUAUCUGCCUCUACCAUGUGAAAUUGCUGACCUGGGAGCAGAGGCAGCUCCAAAAAGAACUGCAGAAGUUGCAGCAAGCAAAAACCAUGAAGAAAAAGUUCUCCUCUUAUUUGGGGAAUGGAAUUCAGAAGAGACCAGAAGAUGUUCUCAUGUUCUCACCACAGGGAGGGCAGCAGCACAGAGCCCCACAGGCUAAGAAAAUGAGAGCAUUGGCAACCCGUGUGACCCAAGACACAUACGAAAGCAAGUCCCAGCUGCCUCCUUCACAUGAUCCUGGCCUCAAAGACUCCAUGAAGAGCAAAGAGCAGCUACUCUCUCAAAAUAAGAGAAUUGCCUGCUUCACGAAAGAGCAACCACAAGCCCAAGAGAAAGAUUCUGUGAAUCCACCUAAGGACGUAGACUCCAGCAAGAGCAUCUCUGUUCUAUGCCAAAAUCAAGAGGUUUCCACCAACACCAUAGAACAAGGUCCUAGUUCCAGCCUAGCUCGUAAUAGUGGAACGGCACAUGCUGAUAAGACCAGAUCAAAAGAUGUUGCUGUAAAGCCAGAUGGGAACACUGGAAAACAAAUUCCUCCAAAUCACACGGAAUGUGCAGGAAGCUUCGAAGGUGAGUUCACGAAGCCAGCCUUCUUAGAGUUGCUUUCAAAGGCCAGAAAUGUGCAUUAUCUCCGGCACAGGGUGCCCCCUGAGUCUGAGAGGUUGCUCAGCAUUGGGGAGGUAUUUGGGCAUGGGGAAUCCCUGGAAGGCAGGCGAGGAGUGUGAAAAUAGAGCGCCUUCUAAGUUUCUUCCUCUCUAACCAUUUAACAUAGCCUGAUAAUAACAUAUUCCAUUAUUGCUAAGGAAAUGUGCUCCUCAAAUGGCUAUAUUAAGCAAUACAGAGAAAAACAAAUAAACAUAAUUGAGUUACAAUUUUAUUUUAAACUUCCUAUUAUUUUCCGGGAAUAUAAUAUUUCUUGAAUGAACAAUGCUAAUAUAUGAAAAAGGAGGGGAGGAAUGAAUCUUCUGAAAGUUCUUUUUAAGGGAUGUGUUUAUGAUGUCAUCAACACUAUGAAUAUAUAUUGAUGACUGGACUUGGGAAAACAGUAAGAGUCUUGCUUUCAGGGACUUCCGGUUUCUUCUAGGAGAUUCUCAUGGUGCCACCUGCUGGCAAAACGGCGUAGCUAUUCUCUUUUUUUAGUUUGAUAUACAGUAGUGGUAGGAAUAGGAAUGCGAUUGUAAACAUGUACUGUAACAUGGUCUGCAAAGAAAACCCGCUCUUUAACCACACCCAUGUGCUUUCUUUGGAAGCCGUUUCCUUCUUUCCUUUAUUUACAGAUAGCUCCAUUUUAGUUUUCACCUUCCCACUUUCAACCUGCUCCUAUCAAAUUUUUUGAAUCCUAUUGAAAGAAUAAUGGACAAUCUUUUCCGUCUCGUAUCUUUGAGAAUCAAAGGAUUUUAAAAACUUUUAAUCAUCUCCCAACAUGCUGUCAAAUGCAUAGCAGACUCUAUCAAAACGAUUUCACUGUAAAAUGAGAGGUACUAACAUUGUUAACAAGUUAUUGUUUCAAGUAGGCCUCUAUGACUUGGCCUACAUUGUAAAAGAAUCGAUUAGAUUUUGUUUCCCAUUCAAGGGAUCCAAAUAUCACACUAAAAAUAAGUAGUAUCAUAAGUCAUCAGAAAACAAUAGCUUUUUGUUAACACAUUUAAACUUAUUGUCUACCUAAUGAAGUGUAGAAUAAAAUCAUCACCACUUUUUAUCUAUACUGACUUUAUUAGGAAAAUCAUCUUGCGCCAUAGGUCUCAAAGAAAUCAUGCCUCUAUGGUGGAUAAAUUCAAAUCUUCAGCCCAAUAACAAAUUUUAAUUCCAGAAGUAUAAACUUGAGGGCCUAUUUCAUAUCUGGCAUCCAUACUUGAUGUAACCCAGCCUGGGAUAUUUUGAUGAAACAAGGUUAUUUAGCUCAGAAAUGAUAAAGGACCCCAACCUACUAAUAUGACAAAGGGCCUGCAAUGAAGAUUAAUUCAUAUUUAAUUUAUAGUUCAUUAAAUAUAAAUUUGAAGUACAUUUAGUUUGAAAACAUUUCAUUUAAUUCAGAUUUAGAAUUCCUGUGUUUAAAAAUAGCAAUUCCUAAUAGCUCCUAUUUUUCAGUACCUCCCCCCAUCCUGGCACAUUCCACACAGCAUGCCAACUGAUCCUCAAAACAAUGCUGCAAAAUAGUUUUCUUUAUCCCCAUUCCACAGAUAAGGAAAUUGAGGGAAGAGUGGUGGCAACUUGCUAGUAGAUGGCAGUCUAGCAUUUGAUCUCUCCUCUACUCAAUUUCCUUGCUCACGCUCUUUCAUUACACCACACUACCACCUAUCUGAAGACAAAAGCUUAGAUCAAACAUGUGAGAGUCAGUUUCAUUAGCCCAGCCUCUGACCUUCAAUGGGGAGACAAUACUUUAUAGUGAAAAGAACACAAGAAAUCUGCUACUGCCAAGAUUUUCUUCCAUGAAGCAAAGCAGCAGAGGAAGAUAGGCCACAGGUGACAGAACUGAUUCACGAAAACUUAACUUAUUUGCACCAGCCAUGCUUGGGCCAACAGGAAUAGGCAUACAACAAUUAGAGAACCCCUUUGUAAACUGCACAAGCUCUUUCCUAAAAUGUCUUUCUUCUUGCCUUCUACUCAAGCCUUGCCUAUCAUCAUCACAAUUCUCCCUCAAGGCUGAGUCCUGAGUGAAUGGUUUGUCACUACUAAGUGGGUCUUUUCACUGUACUAGCUAUCACAGUUAGAAGGGGCCAUCACAAGGCAGAGGGAGCCAGCCUCAGCCCACACCUCUGUUCUACUUGGUUCCACGCCCUCUGCUGCAAGUCCACCUCACUCCUGCCAUCUACGGAAGGGAACAUUCUGCAUGUUCCUCCUUGCUGUCUUGCUUGUGUCUUCAAAUACAUCUGACAGACCCAGAUCUGUCUGCACUUUUAAAAUCAGUAUUUUAGUAUAUCCUGUUUUAAAUAUUCCCUGCAUUGCCACAAAUUAUACAUUUAAAAAUCUUCUAACCACCUCGAUUUUAUCUUCUUAUCAUUUAGUCUAAUACAUUUUCCUUCUUCAAUACAAUGGAUGUAAUACUCUGAUUAGUACAACUUAACACAAUCAAAGGGAACGCUGCUGCAUGGAGCCUUUCUUGCAUAACUCAUUAAAUUCUAAAGAACAGUUUAAAUCCUUAAUCCUCGCACGGCACAUGGUGUUCUAGGAUGGCUUGCUCUCGACUAGGCACAGUUACUGUGCUUAUACCAGUGGUUCUCAGCUAGGAGCAAAUGUGCCCCCCCGCCCCCAAAAAACAUCUAGCACUGUCCAGAGGUAUUUCUGGUUGUCACAACUGAGGUGAGGGGGCUGCUACUGGAGUCUAGUAGGUAGGGACCAUAAAUUCUAUAAUACAUGGAGCAGCCCUCUAAAACAAAGAAUUAACAAGCACAAAACAUCAAUAGUGCCAAGAUUGGAAACUCCACCCUGUACCAUUACAUUAAAUAUUCACAAAACCUUCUGAGAUAGAAAAUCAGGGAGAUACUUGCUGCCAUUUUACAGAUAAAGAAACUGAGGCUCAUGGUAAGUAAAAUAGCUUUCUCCAUACCAGAAUGUGGAUGAGGAACGAAGACGAGGAUACUCUUUUCCCAUACUCUCCUCUCAAAGAAGAUGGGGAAUGACACGUGUCCGAUGGCUCCUGCCCUCAUUUUCAGUUAAGAAAUGCUUUCAACCCUACAAAUAUAAAUCUUUAACAUUCAAAUUAGUAACAAAUGGUUAAAAGGGAUAAUUUAUACUUCAAUUUUGAGGAAACAUUUUUAUUGCAUUCAUCCAUUCAUUCAUUCAGAGAUGUACUGGGGACAGAUAAUCCCUUCCCCGUUUCCUCCCCCAUGAGGAAGAAGGAGCUUUUGACUUGUUGCCUUAACUCAUUCAAUGCGAAGAGAUUCCAUUUCUCACCUAGAGACAGAGGCAGCUGGAAACUCCCAGAGGUAGAGACUCAGCCUCUCACCCAGGGUCCCCAGGUCCUGGAGGCUACUAAAGAGCACCCUGAAGGAUCUCACAAUCCUCAGUGUGGGAGGAAGGUUGGGUAAGUUGUUACCAGGAACACUGGAAGGACCAGCUCCUCUCAAGGUGAAAUGAGCCUUGAAGGAAGGGCAGAGGAAAUCACUCUUGGGCAAGUGUUUUGCCCUCACAUCAAGAGUACCAGGGAAGCAGAGAGCACCAGUCCAAACAGACGUCAGCAGCCCAACCUCACCAUUGACAACCAGAAUAGCAAGCAACCGUUGCAAAAAAAAAGGCGGGGGGAGGAGCCAGAGGUGUGUGAACAAUUGCAUGAACCAACUCAUUCCCUCACCUCCACCCACACCUACUGGAUCAGGCAUUCAGGCACUGAAGACAGAAGAAGGGAGAGCAGGCAGCCAGGUCCUCCUCUUCUGCCUGAGGCCACUGCAGUAGAACAGAAGUUCUACCAGGUGGGGAAGGAAGACUGUAAACUGGACAAGAACCAUAAGUAAUAAUAACCUAAAUGCAGUUAAAUGAAUAUCUACUGGCAGUAAAACUUUUAGAACAGAAGUGCAUGGAAGUUAUCAGAUCGGACUGAAGUAAUAUUAAGCAAAGUUGGUCACAGUUAUUGGGGGUAAGAAAAGAUAACCAUUCCAUAUUUAUACCUCACCAAACUGAGAUUUUUCAACUUAACCUAUAUAAAGAUGCAUUGCACUGAAUUACACUGACUAUAAGAAACACAGGUCUUUAUUAUAUGGUCCUCAUCUCAGUGUGGCUUGGGGCAUGUGUGGCCCCCUUAAGAUUUAUAGGAAAAAAAUGUUUUACAUAAUUAGGCAUAAUGCAAACUAUCCCCUAACUUUUCCACCUUCCCACCACUAUUGUGAAUAUGUUGCUGCUCUGUGUCCUAAUAGUAGGCAUCAUUAAAAAAUUGUAAACAAAAUUUAAUGUAAUUAGUUAAAUUAUUUUGAACUACUCAAGUUUAAUCCCAUUGAACUGGUUGCAUGAAACUGGGCAACGAGGAAACUUUCCUGGUAAAAGGAAAACACAUACAAAUACACAUAAAAAGACUCCAAAUACAUGUAGCACAUUUUGGUCAGAAUCAAACUGAAUACUUGCAUGGACCCUUUCAACUCAAAAUUAUUAAUAAAACUAAAUCUUACUUUAAAAAUGUGUGAUAAACAAAAUGUAUGCAUGCUAUAUACAAAGAUGUCAAUGCAAUUCACAACUGGAAAAUUUUUGAAUAUUCUGAGGACUAUUUGUUCAUAGUGAGGUGGAAGAAAUGAGGCAAACAGCAUAGACCAAGGGUUCACAACUAAAGGACAAGAGCUAGGAUUGCCAAACCAAGUGACUGAUUCAGCUGUGGAGAGAGCAACAGAAAGUGAGCAAGCAUCUGCCUGCAUCACUGAGACCUCAGCCUACUUUCCUCCUGGCUUCCCCUGGAGCUCCAGCAAGUAGGACAGUAUGAGCAGAAUAAUAGUGAUGCUAGUAAUUAUUUUGAUACUAUUAAAUGAAAGAGCAGAUACAUUUUACAUAAGAGGUAUAAGAAUUCAUAUUUGAAUGAUAUUUUUUCUUAGAGGAUUUUCCUCUCAUUUUCCUUGGGGAGUACACACUCAUUCAGACACUGAGACCCACAACAAUCUUUUUAAAAAUGGCCAUUAAAAGAAGGUGCCCCCAAGGACUCAGAUGGUAGUUCACUACAAGCACUCAUACCCGCAGUAUGCUAGCUAUCAGUAUGCUGGAGGGAGGCGAUCAUGUUUCAGGGAACAUGAUGAAUGGCAGCCCUAAUACACUUUUUUAAGUCCCAGCAAAUUUUGGUAAAAACAUUUGGCAGUGUCUUUAUCCAGGUCUGUCUGAAAAAUACAAGCAAAAUGAAGUAUAAGUUGGUGUGAUGGUUAAU